UAGAGGGGUUAAAAAAUUAUCUCCAAUGAAUAGACUCGACGAAAGGUAUUGAAAAAAGAUACAAUUUUUGGAGCUUCUUUAAAUAAUAGCCAUUUUGUGGCUAUCGUGCCCAAUAUAGUUCCAACCAACCGUGGCGUGGAAAAUAUGCGUCCGUACACAAUUCAUCCACACGAAGUGUAGCUUGCGGUGCAAAACAAGAAUGAUAUCAUUCUGUCAAAUUAUUCUAAACGACCAACUCACGGCAAACUUUGUGCACAAACUCGGUGGGCUUUUCUCGGUGCGUGCAAUAAUAAACGGAAGAAGAACCUCUUUUCAAUUGAAAGCCAUCCCCAGUACAUCGUAAUACUUCCCAAGAUGACGACUACCGCGCAAGGAUCGGGUUCGCUGGAUAAUCUGCAUCUGGCGCCGCUUCGUUCGCUAAGCGAUUUCCUGCUGGAAUCGGCUCGCUUUCAGCUACCCAACUUUCAGGACUGGGAAAAGUGGGGCAACCGGGUGGUGAACAAUUUGCUCUACUAUCAAACCAACUACUUCCUGAUGAGUGCCGCUGUAUUUCUGCUCGUUGGGUUGAUCCACCCGAUGAAGGUGUUGCUUGGACUGACGAUCAUUGUGGCGCUGGUGUACGUGUUUGUUCGCUUCUUUGCACAGGAUGCACGCCGCUCGGUCGGUGCCGAUCCAAACCAGCAGCCAAACAAGUGGGUCGUACUAGCUGGGACCAUUGCCGGCAGCUACCUGGUACUGUACCUGUUUGACUCCGUGCUGAUUGUGGCAUUUGCCAUACUGCUUCCAUUCUCGCUUACUUUCGUGCAUGCAUCGUUGCGGCUGAGGAAUAUUAAGAACAAAAUCACCAAUGCAGUGGAAAUCGUUGGCGUGAAGCAAUCACCGAUGGGACAGUUUCUGGAAGCAAUGGGAUUGAUGCCAACGGCAUUUUAAGCAAAUACCGAUUUGGACGGGCUCGGUAUUGCGGGUUCUACGAACAGAGAAUGUGUGCUUUUCAGCUUUUCUCCAAUGAGUUGCGUGGAUUUGGAUUGGAUGGUGAUUUUGAUUUUUCACCUUUACGAUUAAUAUUUGCAAAAGUUCAAUCAAGAAAGCACUCAUUGAUCGAAAAUGGAUCCGUUGCUAUGUAUGAAUGGAAUUACAAAAAAGAAGAUACCAUUGUUACACGUCCCUUUGUAAAGCUGCUAGUCAAAAAAAAAACAGAAUGUAUCGAUCGAUAAUAUUUGUCUUUU